AUGACCAAAAAGGUCGUUAAUCAAGAGAAAGUGGACACCACCUGCUACUGCUGCUGCUACGGUACGGGCCAAGAUAUUUGUGCAUUUUUUUUCGGAUUUUUGAACGGCUUCAAAACGGCGGGCACAGUGCUAAAAGUUGUUGGUGCAUCAUGGCAAAAGACCCGGAUUGGGACAUACAUACUGAUCGGUGCCGGUUUACUGGUUAUCGGUGCCUUCUUUAUCGGUUACAUUGAGAGGCCAGAAUACGAUGGUACCUAUUGUGCCACAGCAUUUUGGACCAAACAAGUUGGCUUCCAAAUUGAAUAUUGGAAACAACAAAACGAUCUUCUUAACAUUCCAAAAGGUGCUGCUAGAAUAUGCUAUAAGGAUUCCAUAUAUGAAAAUGGCUGGGCUCAAAUUGAAAUAGAAACUCAACGUUCCUUUCCCGAUUGGGUUCAGGCCUAUGGUGCUGGUAUAAUUGAGGGAUCUCUAACCUGGCAUCAAAUCUACAAUCAGUGGGUCAACACAAUUCAAUCAUCCUGCGAACGCGAUGAGGAUGCCCAAAACUUUUGUACCUGGCUGCGAGAUCUGUUAACCGAAAACUAUGUCAAAAUCAAAGAAACUGCACUUCUUCGGCAGGACCUUGAGCACUAUUGGCAUCAAAUCGGUUUGUUCUUCUUUCAAUUGGAGGGUCUCGAGACGGGCUAUCGCAAAGGAGCCAAACGGGCUCGCUCUGAUCUGGAAGAGGAAAUACCAUUUUCGGAUUUCCUAUUGAUGAAUGCAGCCGCCGAUAUCCAGGAUCUGAAAAUUUACUAUGAAAAUUUUGUGCUCAGCAGCGGCAGCAGUGACAGCGCUGGGAAUUCAACAACAUCCACAUCAACUGGGGCGACGGAAACAGUGCCAAGCAAGAAUUUCCAUUUGCCUAUGGCUUCAAUGCUGACAAAAAUCUUCCCAUCGGAUAAUUCAGGCACUUGGCAGUUAUUAUUUGGCCAUAGCACAGCUGGCAGUUACGCGUCCAUGUUGAGAAUCCAAAAACGUUAUAAAUUCCAUUAUCACUUCGGUCCCAACCAACGGACCAACACAGUGCCCGGUGUCGAUAUAACAUUCACCGGCUAUCCGGGCAUUCUGGCUUCAACUGAUGAUUUUUAUAUUGUAAAGGGUAGACAAGUUCAAUCGAUUGUGGCAGGAGUGGGCAUGAAAAAUGAAAAUUUGGAACUUUGGAAGUCGGUUGAUAUCAACCAGGCAAUAUUGCUAUCAGCCCGAGUGAUGGCUGCAAAUAGGGUGGCCCAAAAUCGUCGAACAUGGGCCAAGGCUAUGUCCAAACAUCCAUACACCGGUUCCAAACAAUGGAUCACCGUUGAUUUGAAUAAACUGGGGCCUUUGAAUCCACUCUAUCAGACCUUGGCUGAAGAUGACAGAUUUGAUGAUAAGCCGGCCCCGCUUGAUCCCAAAGAUGAAGCAGUCAUUUCCGAACUGUACAAUCGUUACAAGGGAUUGGUAUGGAUUGCCGAACAAUUACCUGGUCGCAUGCAUAUGAAGGAUGUUACUGAACGAUUUAUAAACGACAAUAGCACAGCGUGGCUAGCUAAUGGGGUACCAUACUUCGAUGAAUUGCAAGAGAUUAGCAAAGUGAACGUGGACAGCUAUCCCAACGAUCUGUUACCGCUAGACAAUGAGAAGCUGACUAAUUUGGAGGCUGUGGACACAUUUCUACGAACUCAUGGCUUCCGCGGUGACCUGUUGGGAGAUGAGGAAUCUCUGGCCUAUGGCAAUACAGAUAUCAAACUGUUCGCCUACAAUGCCCGCCUCGGUAUUAGCGAUUACCAUGCGUUUGCCGGACCGGUUUUUAUGCGUCUGCAACACAUGCAGCCUCGCUCUAUACCAGAACCAUCUAAUCCGGAGGGUCCCAUAAACUCUUCCAUUCUCGAUGAUCGCUUAAGUGUGACCAUCGAUGAUGCAGCCGAACUGGCAGAAAUGGAAAUGAUCACUGAACGCCGACCAGUUCGCAAUGAUAUGCGGGCAAUAGCAAUGCGUCAAACUGGGGCUGGUCCCUUCAAAUGGUCAUCGGUGUAUGACAAAAUGUCCGACAUAAAACAUGCGGGUCAUCCGGAUGAAUGGAAUUUUGGCAAAGUAUCACCGAAAUGGGCGUGGUAGCACCGCACCGCACUCACUCCCAUCCAGCCAAAACAGUGCCAGCAAUCAUCUCC